CGAACGCCAGGGACGAGGGGACCGGGGGAACGGGAAAACAGUGAGGCGUAAGAAGCGAACUCUGAAAAAAUGGCGGUCAGAACCUUGCCAUUUUUGGCGUUUCCUAAAUUUACAAGAAACUCAUCUUUUCCAGACACUGUUAAACUCCGCGGACGUCCACUUUCCUCUAAAUCUGGAUUUUCAGGUCUCGUCUCUCAAAAUAAAUUUGGGGACGCCGAUAAAAUUGGUGGAGAUUCAGGGUUUCUCAGAUGGAUAAAGAGAAGAAGACGGUUCAGUGAUGCCUCAUUCAUUUGCUGCGCUCAAGAGGUGUCCGAGCAAUUAUUGGUGGUUGUUGGAGGUGGUGCAGCUGGAAUUUUUGCCGCAAUUAGAGCAAAGGGUGUAGCCCCUUAUUUGCGUGUACUGGUUUUUGAGAAAGGAAAGUUUCUAUCAAAGGUAAAAAUAUCUGGGGGAGGGAGAUGCAAUGUGACGCAUGGGCAUUGUGUUGACACUAUGGUUUUGGCUGAAAAUUAUCCACGAGGGAAUAAGGAAUUACAGGGGUCCUUCUUUAAGAUGCAUGGCCCGCUAGAUACUAUUUCUUGGUUUUCUGAUCGUGGCAUAGAGCUCAAGACAGAGGAUGAUGGCCGUGUUUUUCCUGUAACCAAUAGCUCAUCUACAAUAGUUGACUGCCUUCUUCUGGAAGCAAGAAAAAAAGGAGUUUUGUUACAAACAGGCAAAGUUGUGACUAGUGCAUCCCGUGCUGUCAAUGGGAAAUUUGUUCUCAAGAUUGAGAAAUUUAGUGUUGAUUUGGUUGAAGCAGUUGAAGCAGAUUACUUGUUGAUAGCCACUGGCAGUAGUCGUCAGGGUCACAGUCUUGCAGUUCAACUUGGACAUUCGAUUGUAGAACCAAUGCCGAGCUUAUUCACGUUCAAAAUCAAUGAUACGCAUUUGCUAGAAUUAUCUGGGGUAAGCUUCCCAAAUGUUAAAGCAAAGCUAGUAAUGCCUAAUACCAGCAAGAUUAUACCUCAAUUGACACAGGUUGGUCCCAUGCUUGUGACUCAUUGGGGGCUUAGUGGUCCAGUGAUCCUUCAAUUAUCUGCUUGGGGUGCUCGCGAGCUGUUCAGAUCAAAUUAUACAGGGACAAUUUUUGUGGACUUCGUUCCCAACCUUCACUUUGAUAAUGUAAAGUGCAUCUUCACCGAGCACAAGAAACACUUUGGGAAGCAAAAGGUGCAUAAUUCAUCUCCCCCACAGCUUGGCUUGGUGAAGAGAUUUUGGAAUUAUCUCCUGGACCGUGAGGGCAUAGAUGGUGAUGUUAUGUGGGCAUGCAUUUCGAAUCAUACAUUAAUCUCUAUUGCUUCUCUGCUGAAGCAUUGCAACUUUAAAGUGAACGGCAAGGGAAAAUUCAAGGAUGAAUUUGUCACAUCUGGAGGAGUCCCACUCUCAGAGAUCAAUUUGAAGACCAUGGAAAGCAAAAUACAACCACAUCUGUUUUUUGCUGGAGAGGUGGUAAAUGUUGAUGGAGUAACUGGGGGUUUUAAUUUCCAGAAUGCAUGGUCUGGAGGCUACAUAGCCGGAACAAGCAUAGGGAAACUGACUUUAGGAGACUCCAUUGCCAAGGAAAUCUCUUGAUUAAACCUGCCCAGGAGUAGUAGCCUCUGAAAUUAAUGGUAUGCAUGAAUCAUGAACAGUUCAAUCCACUUAUUAGGAAAUCUUGAUUUUAUUGAAGGAUUGGUUGAAGAGAAAAGACAUCUAAUUUGCAUCCAACUGGAUUUUAAAGCAGAUGUCCUUCUGAAUGGGCACUUCAAAUUUACCAAGAGGCAGCAGGCCUGCCCUCUAUAGGUAGCUUCCCGUAGUGAUCCUCACCACUUUAGUCUUAAAAUAGUUCCUAGGUAGCCUCAUGGAUCCUUGUUUUGGGGCCAUGAAGCAACAAUGACAUUGAUAUUCUCCGUGCUCUGUCCCUGGCUAUUGUGCAAUGGAGAAAGGGUCAAUGAUUGUUUUGGGGCCAUGAAGCAACAAUGAAAUUGAUAUUCUUCGUGCUCUGUCCCUGGCUAUUGUGCAAUGGGGAUUGUUUUGGGGCCAUGAAGCAACAAUGACAUUGAUAUUCUCCGUGCUCUGUCCCUGGCUAUUGUGCAAUGGAGAAAGGGUCAAUGAUGAGUUAUCAGUGAAAAAGGUAGAAGUUUACUCAUGAGCAUUUUCAACUGUGUAUCCCUUUAGGGUUUUGUUAGGGUCAUACUAUAUAGUAUUUUAUAUUUGUACUCAACAAAUUUUGAACAUUUAUAUAUAUUUGUUUUGUGAUA